UUCAUAAUCAUAAUUAUUAUAAUUAUGAAGUAUAUUACUUUUAUGGUGUCAAUUUCAAUUCCCUAAUUUGGAUUCUUUUGUUUACUCAGCUAAUCUUUAUUUUAAUUUCUAUAUUUAUUACUUUACUGGGUUUAUGCUACAAAUCAAUCCUUGACUGUGACUAGCUGAGUCUGAGUGUGAUUACAUUGGAUUCGACCGCCCUAUCUUUUCAGAUUGGAGGGUUUAAGAUCAGAGAAGUUCAGAGAGCAAGUUCUUUGUCCUAAUGAAGUUUUAGAGUAAAUGAAGCUUCAAGCGAAAGUUGCCCUUGCUUUUCUCAUCGGUUUAAUUUGGAUUCAGCAAGGUCUUUGUGAUGAUAUUUCGACUACAUCAGGCCUACACAAUUGGAUAUGUACAUGUUCUCUGUCAAGUCAAAGAAAUCAAACCUAUGUUAAAUCCAACUGUUCUACUUCCUGUGAUUGCAAUCCUGCUGGAAGUUCAAAGGAAGGUACAUGGACAUGCACAUGCGCUGCAGAUGGAUUUCCUACAAUAGCCUCUGGUAAUCAUGAUUCCACCUGUUUCACGGCUUGCAACUGUACUUCUGGAUCUCUUUCCCAAGCUCGAGCAAAAAGAAAACACUUUUCUGGCAAGGUUGUUGUGAUCAUUCUGCUAAUUUGUGUCAUACUUACAACACUAGCUUUUCUUGUUUCCGUGCUAUGCUAUGUCUAUCGGAAAGACAAGAGCCCUUUCCAGUCACCGAUAUUAACUUCUGAUGGAGAAACAAGUUACAACAGUGCUACUAAUUUAAUAAGUCUCAAGCCAUCUUCAGUAUCAGAAGCCAGAGUUAGUACUGACUCCCAUCUUAAUCCUAUAUCAGGGUGCUUUCGCCGGGCUUCUUCCUUGUACAGGAGCAAUUCAAAUAUUAUACAAGGCACCAUCAUCCGAUUUUCGUACGCUGAAUUGGAACAAGCAACCAACAAAUUCUCAAAUGCAAACCUUAUAGGACUUGGUGGAAGCAGCUACGUGUAUUGUGGUCAGCUUAGAAAUGGUAAAAUUGUUGCAAUCAAGCGGCUUACAGCUGAGGGAGGCCCUGAUGCCGAUUCUCUCUUUUCAAAAGAGGUUGAAGUAUUAUCAAGACUCCAUCACUGUCAUGUUGUGCCUUUGCUUGGCUACUGCUCAGAGUUCCAAGGGAAACAUUCUGAGAGGUUGCUGAUCUUUGAGUACAUGCCAAAUGGUAACUUGAGGGAUUGCUUGGAUGGAGUUUCAGAAGAAAGCAUAAAAUGGGAAGCUCGUGUUAUAAUUGCAAUAGGAGCUGCAAAGGGCUUAGAAUAUCUCCAUGAAGCGGCUGCUCCGAGAAUUUUGCACAGAGAUGUCAAGUCCACAAAUAUCCUCCUGGAUGAAAAUUGGAGAGCCAAACUCACUGAUCUAGGUAUGGCUAAACGUUUAAGAGCGGAUGGUGUUCCCAGCAGUUCCAAUUCUCCAGCAAGAAUGCAGGGGACUUUUGGCUAUUUUGCACCAGAGUACGCAAUGGUUGGGAGAGCAUCUCUUAUGUCUGAUGUUUUUAGUUUCGGUGUAGUGCUUCUUGAGCUAAUCACUGGUCGACCACCUAUCCAUAAAUCAACGAAAAAAGGAGAAGAAAGCCUCGUUUUAUGGGCCACUCCUUGUCUGCAUGACAGUAGACGAGUAAUUUCAGAAUUGCCUGACCCGCGUUUGAAAGGGGAUUUCCCAGAAGAAGAGAUGUAUAUAAUGGCAUACCUUGCUAAAGAAUGUCUGCUAUUGGAUCCUGAUGCUCGACCGACCAUGAGUGAAGUUGUACAAAUUCUAUCAACUAUUGUACCAGAUAAAUCUCGGAGGAGAAACAUCCCUGGAAAUAUCUUUCAGAUGUCUAUGUCUUUCACACGAAGCAUGAAAAUGGAGUCAAACGUUCCGAAUUCUGACAGACAAGUUGAAGGUCACGUUGAUGUGGCAGAGCUGAGACGAGAGACGUCGAUUAAACACUUAGCUCAAAGCUGUAUUCCAUUGGAUGUUGAACAUCGUCUCUCCGUCGAACAAAAUAUCACGGAAGUGGAUACUAUUUCAUCUGAGUAUAUUGAGAGGUUGCUCCUCUCGACUGCAAAAUCCCGAAGUUGGCAUGCCACAGAUGAAGAAGCUGUCGACUUAACAGAACCUCGAUUUGAAACAUUUCGGAUGGGAAAUGCUAAAAUUCCUUGACUGAGAUACACACACAGUAAGUGUAAGUUUGUUUUGGUUUGUUGAAUAGAGAGGAAGCAAGAAAGUUUUUGAGGAGUUUUCCAUUUUAUUUUCUUCUUUUACAUUUGAAAUUUUAUGUUUCCUUUUACUUAAAGAAAAAGAAAGAAAGAGAGAAUAGGUAAAAAAAAAAAAAAGAAGAUCACAGGCUAAUUGUUAAUAUAGCCUUGAUUAUAUAAUAGUUUAUUUAUAUGUACAGAAAAAAGAAUUGUAGACAAUUGAAAUUGUUUGUUUGGUUGAUGAUCUUUGCCUUGAUGCUCAA